AUGUCAACAGUCACGAUACCAAAAUUCAGCCCUGGUGAAGCUGUGACAGAGCAAGAUGGGUUGAUCCAUGGCGUUUCGGCGCAGGAGCUGCAGGUGUUGGGGGAACAGUGCUUUGAUGCGAGGGCCAGAGCUUAUUGCCCAUACUCCCUUUUCCGCGUCGGCGCAUCCCUCCUCCUUACCACAUCUUCGGCGACGGAUACAUCUGCAGCCCACACUAUAAUCGGCGCAAACGUCGAAAACGCGUCCUACCCUGUCGGCACUUGCGCGGAGCGCGUAGCCAUGGGUACAGCUGUCAUGGCAGGCCAUCGCAUCGGAAGCUUCAAAGCCGUUGGUGUAACGACCGACAUUGACGACUUCUGCUCGCCGUGUGGAAUGUGCAGACAGUUCCUGCGAGAGUUUUUGAAGCUCGAGACACCCAUCUUCAUGUUCAACAAGGAGGGCAAGUGGAUUGUGAGAACCAUGGGCGAGCUGCUUCCGCUCAGCUUCGGGCCCGAUGUGCUGCCACCGCGGGAGGAGUUGAGGAAGAACCAGGAAGACGACAAGGCGAAGACGGCGUGAAGCAUGUCAUCCUCGGAAGUGUUGAUGUAUUCUCUGGUUACCAGAACUAGAUGAUAGACUAGAUACGACAAGUUCUGAAACC